AUGGCAAAAAUAGCAGCUUGGAGUGCUUCUUUCACAUCAUAUUCUUUGUCUUUCAACAAGAUUUUGUCUCCUACGAAUCCCAUGGCAGCUCUUGGAUUUUCUGCUUCUUCUUCGGCUUUUCCUUCACUUUCCAGCAAACCAAAACGACCAACAACUCUUUUCAAGGUGCUUCCUUUACUCCGUUUUACUCCUUUUCCUGACUGCUUUUCAGUUGUCUUUAUCGUGAUUGCGGCAAUAGCAGGUGUUAUUGCUGUCAUUGCGGGUGUCGCGAUAAUUUUGUUCAAUGGAGUAAUAGUAGGUUAUGUAAUUGUGGCGAAAACCCGAAAAGUGAUGUAUAUUGGAGCUGAACUUAGAUUUUUCAUUAUUAAUGGAGUGAUUGUAGGAUAUGCAAUUGUGGCGAAAAGCCGAAAAGUGAUUUCAUGCCAUUGUUGUAUUUUCCUUAAAAAAGAGCAAGCAUAUUCUAGCUGGAUGUUUCAUUUGUGUAUUUGGUUGGCAGUGAGAUCGGUGGCUGCUGCUGCAGAAGACGUAGCGGGAUUCUAUGAAAUGGUUUCCGGGACGGAAUGCAAGUACUGCAUGCUAGGCGGCAAGGGAGGCAUAGGAAAGACGAGCUGUGCUGCUUCAUUGGUUGUAAAAUUCGCAAACAAUGGCCACCCCUCUCUGGUUGUAUCAACCGAUCCAGCUCAUUCGUUGUCGGAUUAUUUUGCGCAGGAUUUGACUGGAGGGAUGCUAGUACCAGUUGAAGGACCCGACUUCCCCUUGUUUGCUCUUGAGAUAAACCCGGAAAAGACUAGGGAAGAAUUUCGGGAUGCAGCUAAGAACAAUGGCGGAACUGGGGUCAAAGAUUUUAUGGAUGGCAUGGGACUCGGAAUGCUUGCAGAACAGUUAGGAGAGCUGAAAUCGGGAGAACUACUCGACACGCCGCCUUCCGGUUUGGAUGAAGUGAUAGCAAUUUCAAAGGUAUGUUAUGUGCUCUUUUUCUACACUGCACCGACUGGACAUACAUUACGACUUUUGUCAUUGCCGGACUUCUUGGAUGCAUCUAUAGGCAAGAUAUUGAAGCUUAGACAGAAGAUAACUUCGGCCACCUCGGCGAUUAAAUAUGCUUUCGGACAAGGAGAAACCCCUCGAAACGCUGCUGACAAGUUGGAGCAACUGAGGGAGAGGAUGGUGCAAGUGAAGGACCUUUUCCGUGACACGGAUUCUACCGAGUUUGUCAUCGUCUCAAUCCCCACGGUAAUGGAAAUCGGCGAGUCAUCUAGGUUGCGUGCCUCCUUGAAGAAGAACGUUCCGGUGCGGAGACUAAUCGUUAAUCAGAUUCUUCCUCCAUCUGCUUCGGACUGCAAGUUUUGUGCAGUGAAACGCAAGGAUCAGAUGCGUGCUCUCGAUAUGAUCCGUUACGAUCCCGAUAUAUCGAGCUUGAAGGUAAUCCAAUCACCACUGGUUGACAUGGAGAUUAGGGGUGUUCCGGCACUUAAAUUUAUGGGGGACAUAAUAUGGAAAUAA